AUGAUUCUUGACAGAAUAUUUUCAAAUAGACCAGGGGCAUUCUUUAUUGAUGGCCCCGGUAGAACUGGUAAAAGCUUUUUAUAUCGUGCUUUAUUAGCUACUGUGAGGCACAAGGGAUUUAUAGCUUUAGCAACUACAAGUUCCGGUGUUGCAGCUUCACUACUUCCUGGAGGUCGAACUGCUCAUUCGCGCUUUAAAAUUCCUAUUGAUGUUAAUGAGAAUUUCAGCUGCAAUAUUAGUAAGCAAAGUUCAUUAGCAUCUUUAAUACGAGAUGCAAAACUAAUUGUAUGGGAUGAAAUUUCAAUGGCAAAAAUGGAAAUGGUAGAAGCAUUCGAUUUGCUUUUAAGAGAUCUCAUAGAAACUAAUAUAAUAUUUGGUGAAAAGGUAGUUGUCUUCAGUGGUGAUUUUAGACAAACUCUUCCCAUAGUUCGUAGUGGAAAAAAGGAAGAUUUUAUUCGUGAAAGUUUACUGUGCUCUGAAAUUUGGAAUCAACUUGAAAAAUUACAACUAUCAGAGAAUAUGCGUGCGAAAACGGAUUCUGCUUUUUGUGAAUAUUUAAUGAGAAUUGGUGAUGGAAAAGGAAGACAAAAUGCCUAUGAAAAAAUUCAAAUGCCUCAUUCUCUCAUUAUUCCUUUUACUUCUGAAAAAGAAUCAUUGAAUAUGCUCUUCCGAGUUACAUAUCCUGAUUUAUACAAAUGUCAUUCAAAUGUUUCUUUUAUUACUUCUCGUGCUAUUCUAACAACCAAAAAUGAUUUCGUUGAUGAAAUAAAUGACAUGCUUCUUGCUCAAUUUCCAACCACCGAAAAAGUUUACAUUGCUACUGAUGAGACAAUUGAUCCAAAAGAUCAGAGUGAGUAUGAAGAUUUUUUGCACACUUUAAGUCCUGCUGGCUUGCCUCCUUACAAAUUAUCUUUGAAAAAAAAAUUGGCCGAUUAUGUUAUUAAGAAAUAUGAAUCCCAGUGA